AUGUCAAUCGUGUUUUCAAAAUUUUCAGAAGCUUUGUAUCUAAUUUCGGUAAAUUUAUUUAUAUCUAAGAAAAAUGGAUGGCUUCCUCUCAAACAAAAUUUUUUUGUAUAUAUUUACGGUUUGCUCAAUAAACUGCAGUUCUUCGGGAAAAUCAACAACGUCAGUCACUCCCCAUCCGGCAACAGUACAAGUUGCGUUCGCUGCCGGAUCAACAAACUCCGUAGGUUGAGUGACAUCGUCGAAUUCGAACUCGUCUUCGAUUUGGAUCAAACCGAUAUCGUUUAUCAGUGUUUGGUCAUCGUAGUCCUCGUGGUUGAACCAGUUGGUUACUUUAUGGGUGGUACCACCACUGUGGGCCAGAUUGGUACCUGCUACUAUGGUCGUGGUGGAUGUUAUGGCGUCGAUGCAGUGGGCUGCUGUGACCACCCAGUUUUUGCUGAUGAUGGAGCCAUCGCAGAACUGGUCUGGGUUGUUGAUGGACACUAUGGAGGGGAACUGGCCAGGGGCGGCUGGGUCACCGCCGAAAAUUCGGCCCCUGUGGGGAUUUCUGUACUGACAACAACAACAACAAUGAAGCCACCCUUCCUUCUGCUCGUCAGCGUCACCCUUCUCCACACCACUACUGCCUCGCCAACCAAUGGCCGAAUUUUCGGUGGUACUGCCGCAGCAGACGGCCAAUUUCCAUUCAUAGCCUCUUUGAACAACCCCGACCACCAGUUCUGCGCAGGCGUCAUCAUCAACACCAACUGGGUACUAACGUCCGCCGAAUGCAUCUUCGAAGUAACCAACACCUCCACGGUACUAGUGGGCACUAACUCCCAAACCUCGGGCGGUACCACCUACAACAUCGCCGCAACCGUCCAACACGAAAACUUCAUUACCAUAACCGAAGGAGACGACAUCGGGCUAAUUCAGAUCGAUGGUCAAUUCGAGAUGGGCGACACAGUCCAAGUCGCCGAAUUUGGUGAUCCUGAUGGGGUUAAUGCCACUUGUAUGGCCGUGGGGUGGGGGUGGCUACCUGAUUGGAACUACUCUGCGGAGUUGCAGUUUGUUGAAGUGGCUGCUUUGAGUAAUGCGGAUUGUGUGACGAUUUCUGGGGUUCAUCUUGGGUCGAUUAAAGUGGGGGAUGGGCAGGUUUGUAGUUUGGGGGCUGAAGGAGAAGGGGUGUGUUUUGGGGAUUUGGGAGGGCCUUUGGUGUGUGGGGGGAAGGUGGCAGGGGUGGCGUCGUACCCUAUAAUGGCGUGUGGGAUGGGGUUCCCGGAUCUUUAUACCAGGGUGUCUGCUUAUCUUGACUGGAUUAAUAGUCACGCGGUUUCAAACAUGAAGUACCUCCUCACUAUUAUAGCACUAGCCGCCGCUGCCACAAGUGCCUCCCACCGAAAUGUCCGCAUUUUCGGUGGCCAGAACGCCACCUCCGGCCAGUUCCCCUUCAUAGUAGCCUUAAACGACCCCGACCAAUUCUGCGAUGGUUCCAUCAUCAGUACCAGCUGGAUAGUCACCGCAGCCCACUGCAUCCUCGAGCUCAGCAUCGACACCACCACGGUACUCGCCGGUACUCACAUCGAACACGUAGGUGGGGUUGAAUACACCAUUGCCAAAGUCGUAAUACACGAAGAUCACGAUCCAAACACCUCCGAAAACGACAUCGGUUUGAUCCAGAUAGAUGGUGAACUGGAGUACAGUGACACCAUUCAACCCAUCGAACUUGGUGAUCCGGAAGUGAACGCAACUUGUGUUGCUUUAGGGUGGGGGGUGACUGACACCGUUGAUUUUCCAGAUGCCGUUCAAUAUGUCGAGUUGACUACUAUCGAUAUUGACUAUUGUUUGAGUCUUUCUAAGGAUUAUCUCGAUGGGUACUACUUGGGGCCGAAGCAGGUGUGUACGUUGGCUCCGGAAGGAAAAGGGUUGUGCUAUGGGGAUUCAGGAGGGCCGCUGGUUUGCGACGGGAAGUUGGCGGGAGUUGUGUCGUAUGGAGUAGUACCGUGCGCUAUGGGGUACCCUGAUGUUUUUACCAAGGCGACGGAGUAUGCAGACUGGAUACAAAGUAUCAUUGACUCCACGCUGUAUGAAGCAAGGGCCACGAGUUUCCCUUCGACCAUUAAAGGGUUUCCCCAGUCACCGAAGCAGAGUCCGACACCCACACCUCCGUAUCCACAUACUUGUCCCGAAGACGACUUUUCCCUUUCGUUGGCAUCCUCUUCCAACUUCUCACACUCCUCCGAAGACAAGAUUCUUACAUUUAUAAACUCUGCUUCGUCUCUAUUUUCAUCCCAUCCGACAACCACGCCUGAGGAAUUGACCGAAAUUUUUGACACCUCAGCGGGUUUGAGGUUAUCACUAAAAGUGAAUUCUUUUUGGGGUUUUACCAAAGCAAUGUCGUUGUGUAAAUUUUUCUGGUCAAAAUCUGGGUGUACUUUGAUGGUGGUGAUGUUGAUUUUAGUACCGUUGCUGAGGUGGUCAAACAUGAAGUACCUCCUCACUAUUAUAGCACUAGCGGCCGUUGCCACAAGUGCCCCCCACCGAAAUGUCCGCAUUUUCGGUGGCCAGAACGCCACCUCCGGCCAAUUCCCCUUCAUAGUAGCCUUAAACGACCCCGACCAAUUCUGCGAUGGUUCCAUCAUCAGUACCAGCUGGAUAGUCACCGCAGCCCACUGCAUCCUCGAGCUCAGCAUCGACACCACCACGGUACUCGCCGGUACUCACAUCGAACACGUAGGUGGGGUUGAAUACACCAUCGCCAAAGUCGUGGUACACGAAGAUUACUACCCAAACACUACCGAAAACGACAUCGGUUUGAUCCAGAUCGACGGCGAACUGGAGUACAGUGACACCAUUCAACCCAUCGAACUUGGCGAUCCGGAAGUGAACGCAACUUGUGUUGCUUUAGGGUGGGGGAUCACUGACACCGUUGAUUUUCCAGAUGCCGUUCAAUAUGUCGAGUUGACUAGUAUCGAUAUUGACUAUUGUUUGAGUCUUUCGAAGGAUUAUAUCGAUGGGUACUACUUGGGGCCGAAGCAGGUGUGUACGUUGGGUCCGGAAGGAAAAGGGUUGUGCUAUGGGGAUUCAGGAGGGCCACUGGUUUGCGACGGGAAGUUGGCGGGAGUUGUAUCGUAUGGAGUAGUACCGUGCGCUAUGGGGUACCCGGAUGUUUUUACCAAGACGACGGAGUAUGCAGACUGGAUACAAAGUAUCAUUGGCAACUAGAAACUAUCUAAUAAAUAAAAACAAAAGUACUGGUUUUUACAUGUUCUUUUU